AAAGGGGAGGCAGAGGAGAAGAGGAAGAAGAGAUUGGCAUAACACUGAUUGUUAAGGUAGAAGAUUUGGGGAUUUGAUGCUGCCACAGUUUCUCUGAAGAUCUGAGGAUUCUAUGUCGAGCGAGAGAGUCCCCGUCGAACUCUGCAAGGGCGUUAACGGCCUCGAAAAGGUCAUCCUCCGCGACGUACGAGGCAGCUCCGCCGAGGUUUACUUGUAUGGAGGACACGUGACAUCUUGGAAGAAUGACCAUGGGGAAGAGUUGCUUUUUGUUAGUAGUAAGGCAAUCUUCAAGCCACCAAAAGCAAUUCGUGGAGGAAUUCCAAUAUGCUUCCCUCAAUUUUCAAAUCUUGGGUCUCUUGAGCAGCAUGGAUUUGCUAGAAACAAGUUUUGGAGCAUUGACACUGAUCCACCUCCUCUUUCAACAAGUUCGUCCAGCAAGGUCCAUAUUGAUUUGAUCCUGCGGCCCUCUGACGAAGAUAUGAAGAUCUGGCUCAACAGUUAUGAGUUCCGUCUGAGGAUAGCUUUGGGACCUGGAGGAGAUCUUACCUUGACAUCUCGAGUCAGGAAUACCAAUACUGAUGGAAGGCCAUUUAGAUUCACAUUUGCAUACCACACCUAUUUCUCUGUUUCUGACAUCAGUGAAGUUCGUGUUGAAGGAUUAGAGACGCAUGAUUAUCUGGAUAAUUUACAGAAUAGGGAGCGCUUCACUGAGCAGGGAGAUGCAAUAACAUUUGAAUCAGAAGUUGAUAAGAUAUACCUCAGCACUCCUACUAAAAUUGCUAUUUUGGACCAUGAAAAGAAGAGAACAUUCGUAAUACGCAAAGAUGGACUUCCAGAUGCUGUGGUAUGGAAUCCCUGGGACAAAAAGGCCAAAGCUAUGGCUGAUUUUGUAGAUGAUGAUUACAAACAUAUGCUGUGUGUGGAGGCUGCUGCAAUUGAGAAACCCAUCACACUAAAACCUGGUGAGGAAUGGAGAGGAAUACAGGAACUUUCUGCUGUUCCUUCCAGUUACUGUAGUGGGCAACUAGAUCCUCAGAGAGUUCUGCAGGGCAGCUGAAAGAAUAAAGAUCCAUCAUUCUGUUCUAUAUUAUGUACAGGUAUGUUUAUGCACCAUCCGGAUGGAUUGUAACAAGUGAAUUCUGGCCACCAUUUUUAAUUGGUGGCUUCUGGAAUUUUCCUUUGUUGAAGGAUGGAUUCAUGUGUAGCUUUGGACUAGUUAAAUAAUGUUGCAUCUUCUAAAGAUAUGACUUUCUCGACCAAAAAUUCUGUCCAAGUGGAUGACUGUUUAAGGCUAUGUUGGUUGUUGAGUCAUCUAAACAAAAGGAUAGAUAGAGGUCAAUGAUUUCUACUGCUAUGGCGGUGGAUGUGAUCUUUUUUGCGUCCUAUCUCCCCAUAAACAGUUUGCUUAUUGAAUGCGCGAAAAGGGCUAUAUUAAUGUUCCUUUCCUAGCUGCAAUUGAAGGUUAUAGCUAUUCUGAGCUGUAAAAGAGCCAGGCAGCUGCCUGAACAAGUUUGUAUUUUGCCCUGUAUGAAUCUUACUAAGUUGAAAUUCAGGGCUCUGUAUAUGCUUCGAUGUUUGAUCUACAUUGGUGGUUUUUAGUAUGAAUUUUAAUAAUCAUUUUAAGCGUAG